GCGGCGGGAAAGACAGCUGAUCUAGAAAGAGUUGCGGGAGAUUCGGCGCAGGUUUGGUUUCGGGCGGCCAGAGAGGAAAGAAAACGCGUUUUGCUUUGUACCGAGAAGACUUCUGUCGACUUAAUUUAAGAGGUUAAUCCAAAAUGCCCAGCACACGCUCCCAGGGACGAGCUCAGCCCACACUUCAGUUCCCUCGACGUAAAUCCUGCAGAGUUUCCUCCCGCUCCAAGAAGCCGGAGCCCCAGAAGUCCCCAGCUGUGUCACCAAUCAAGCCUGAAACUCAGGACCCGGGGCUGACGCGGAUCGGCCCCCUCUCCCCGAGACGUCCCAUUAACUUGUCCACCCCACUGUCCCCCAGACGCUACACAGACCAGCCCACUCCUCUCUCCCCAACGCGGCCAGUCGCCCUCUCGUCCCCUCUUUCACCCAGACGCACUUCAGCCCAGCCACCAGCACCGUCCUCCCCUCGUCUCCAAAGCCGGAUCCCCCUCAGCCCUCGAAAGCGCACAGGUGAUGACAAUGUCUGCAACCUUGGCACCUCCCUGCAGUGCUCACCUUCAAAACAGAGCAAGCUGAGCCUGGCCUCACCACGAAAACUCGGCUUUGAUGAGAACUCACCGGUCCAGGCUCGUCGGCUUCUUGUUCUGGAUGAGAUGGAUCAGCUGGACAGCAAAGCCCAGGAUGUCCUCUACACAAUCUUUGAAUGGCCGUACCUGCCAAAGUCUCGCCUCUGUCUCAUCGGUAUUGCAAACGCUCUGGAUCUGACUGACCGGAUCCUGCCUAGACUGCAGGCGCGUCCCCAGUGUCGCCCUCUGCUGCUGCACUUCCCUCCCUACAGCCGGGAGGAGCUCACGGCCAUUGUACAGGACAGACUUGUACAGGCGUCGGCUGAAGGGCUCCUCGACGCUUCUGCAGUUCAGUUCUGUGCCAGGAAAGUUUCAGCUGUGUCGGGAGACGCCAGGAAAGCUCUGGACAUCUGCAGGAGAGCAGUUGAGAUUGUCGAGUCUGACGAGAGGAAAAAAGCAAGCGAUCCAAAGGGUGAAAGUAAAGCGUCCCGGGUCAGCCUGCCGCAGGUUGCGAGAGUGCUGUCGGAGGUCUACGGCGACCGCAUGGCGUCUCAGAGCAGCCUGGUGGACCAGAAACGCCUGGAUUUAAACUGGAAGUCUGAUACGUUCUGGCUGCCUUUAAAAAAAUAA